AUUCAUUCUCUCUAAACUCCCUUGUAAAAGCACCCGUGUAUUCUCCGUUAUAAUUGAGUUACAGGUGUUCCACCUAAAAUCCUACCGGUCAAUCUACGAGUUUUUACCUCUCUUACUUUGCCAAAUCAAGCAAGCUAUUCUAGACCCGGUCUAGUAUAGUCUGACCGGUCAAGUAAUUUACACCAUCAUUUUUGGCGCCGACCGUGGGACCGUUAAGGUUUCUUCUCCUAAACACAAACCUACCCACCAAAGCACCACUCGAAAUGUCUUCCAGCCAACAAAUCAACGCUACUUCCGCACAGGUGCAAGCCACCAAUGAGGGCGCCAGCAUCCCUGUGGCUGCUACCAUACCGGUCAUUUCAGCCCCGGUGUUGCCUCUAGGCCUGAGCUCUGUCCCGACGGCCAGCGUGAUCAGUCCCUUUGCGACCCCCGUCCCUUCCGCUGGACCGAGGGUCACGUUCCCACCAAGCAUGACUCAGUUCAUGAACGACCCAGCCAACCUGCAAGCCAUCCAGGGCUUUGGCCAGGUUAUGGCCAUGUGCCAGCAGAACGGGGGGAUGCCUUUCUUCCCUGGUAUGUUCCCAUUCGUCCUUCCAGGCGCGGGGACCAUGCCCCUACAAGCUCCAAUGGCGGUGACGUCAUUCCAGACGCCGAUGCCGCGGCCAUCACCUUUCCAGCCCCAGCUGGUCAGCACCAUGGCCCCUGUCAACUUGACCGGCACACUUAACGCCGCAGGGCCGUCGCGUCCCCCGCAAGCUACGGAUCCGCAGAUCACUCCUGAUGGUCAUUGCGUCUCAAUUGAGAGCGAUGACGGCGAGUGGGACAUCCCGAGGGCCCACAAGAAGAAGAAAGGAAAAAACAUCUGGCCAGCGACCUCCCGAAACUCCGCCUUCGAAAGGCUGGGGGAUAGGGAGGAAGGCCAGAGGAAGUCAGCCAAGCAGAGGCUGGGGCAGAGCGUUGCCCAUGUCAGCGCAUUCGCCCGGCUAGGCGAGGUGCGGGAGGCCGAGCCUGCCCGCACCCGGCGCUCCCGGUCUAACCGGCAGGAGCCAGCGAGGACGAGGGCCUCCCACCAGGAAGGGGAGGCAGAGAGCCAACCUAGGUUACCGGUGGCGAACCGGUUAACCAUCCCAAACGACCGCGUCCAGCAGAUGGAGGCAAAGCUGGAAAAGCUGGAAAAGAAGGUCGGAGAGAAGAAUGACCGGGACAAACCCCUGGCAGGGUCCCCGUUCACCGCAAGGGUCCAUCUGACACCUUUCCCGCGAAAGGUCAAGAUCGACGCCCCCAGAUUCACCGGGAAGGAAGAUCCGGAAAUCCAUCUGGACUCCUUCAACCAGAGUGCGACCAUGAACGGGUCCCCGUUCACCGCAAGGGUCCAUCUGACACCUUUCCCGCGAAAGGUCAAGAUCGACGCCCCCAGAUUCACCGGGAAGGAAGAUCCGGAAAUCCAUCUGGACUCCUUCAACCAGAGUGCGACCAUGAACGGUUGCACCGAUGAAGAAAAGUGCCUUCUCUUCUUCCAGACCUUGCGGAACCGAGCCACUGAAUGGUUCAAUAAGCUUCGCCCGGGAAGCAUUGAUUCAUUCAGUGAUUUGGCCUCAAAAUUCAAGGCCAAGUUCCAGGAGAAUUGUACUAAGAGGAAGAAAUUCACCUAUCUUAGUACAGCCGGGCAAAGGGAGUCUGAGAACCUUACUCAGUUCCUUACCCGGUGGAAGGAAGAGGUGGACAAGGUGGAAGAGAUGGAUGACAAGACCGUCCUCUCCCUCCUCUGGAAUGGCUUGCGUGCUGGGGAACUAUACAAGGAGUUCUGCCGGAAACCCCCAGCCACGUACCAAGAGGCCUACCAUACUGCAUGGGAGUUUGCUGAAGCCGAAACCCAGCUCCGGGCAAAGAGAGAAGCUGAGCAUGGUCACAAGCCCAAGCCGGUGCAAGUCAAGAAGGAAGAAGCACCGGGACCUAGCCGGUCGAGACACCACUAUGACCCGGUCAUCCGAGUGGUCAGUACGGAGGAAUGCCAAGAAGUCCGGAAAGCACCGGUCAUUCCUCUAGAAAACCCUACCGGUCAAGUAGGGCGGCAGUGGUCGGGCACCUAUUGUUCAUACCACAGGUCAGAUUCCCAUAACACCUCCGAAUGUAAGAGUGUUAAGGGGGUCAUCCGGCAGAUGAUCGAUAGCGGGGAGCUGGGCAAAGAUUACUUGCAGAAAGCCCAGGAGAAGAGUCAUCAAUGGGUUAGGCCAGCUGCCCCAGGGAAUGACCAGGACAAUGAUCGGCGGAGGAAUAACCGGCCAAGGGAGCGGCAACCUGCCCCCGAAAAAGAACACAUCGGCAUGAUCUUCGGCGGACCCGAGGGCGGAGAUUCAGCCGCGCAGCGGAAGAACUGGGUCCGGAGCAUUUACGUGGGAGAAGUAAGUGCUGAACCGCCCAGGCGUAAACAUACUAGGAGGGAGCCGAUCGUCUUUACUGACCGGGAUCUCCCUCCUACCGGUGAAGAUCACAAUGAUCCAUUGGUCAUCACCAUGGACAUUAAUGGGGUGGAUGUCGCCCGGGUACUUGUUGACACCGGCAGCAGUGUCAACAUCUUAUACCUGGAGACCUUCCAAAAACUCAGGUUGUGUCGAACACAACUUGAACCCCUCAAAACCCCUCUCUCAGGCUUCACGGGGGACACCGUUGAAGCUGAAGGAUCCAUAGUUCUACCGGUCGAACUAGGAUCAGGUGAAAAGACCGUGUGGAAGAAGAUGCGGUUCAUAGUUGUGGACAUCAAAUGCGUCCACAACGCAAUUCUUGGAAGGCCAGGCAUCAAUAAAGUCGGGGCGGUGAUUUCCAUGUCUCAUCUAUGCAUGAAGUUCCACACUCCAGGUGGUGUGGGUGAGGUGAAGGGCGACCAGAGGAACGCCCGGGAGUGCUAUGCCCGGGCAGUCAAGAGAAUGACCAGGGGGGUUAAUGUCAUCUCCCAAGAGAUCACAAAGGGAGAGACCCGGGAGAAACUGGAGCUCGAGGCGGAGACGGUGGAAAUCGAACUUCACCCGGGUGAUUCUUCGAGGAUGGUCAGAAUUGGAGCAAAUCUCCCCGAGGAUCUCAAGGAGCAGAUUACACGGGUUCUCCAAGAAUACGCGGGCAUAUUCGCAUUGAGCGUGGCGGAUAUGCCCGGGAUAGAUCACUCUGUUAUCUGCCACCGGUUGGCCGUGAGGGAGGGAAGUCGACCGGUAUCUCUGAACCACCCGGCUGAUAUGCGAGCCACGUUUGAUAUCAUGGCAAAGUACAACCUCCGGCUGAAUCCUAAGAAAUGCGUCUUCGCGGUUCGUACCGGGAAGUUCUUGGGAUUCAUGGUGACCAAGAGAGGAAUAGAGCCCAACCCAGAGAAAAUCCGGGCUAUCACUGAAAUGCAAGCCCCUACCUCCGUUAGGGAUGUUCAGAAGUUGACCGGUCGUUUAGCGGCCCUCAGCCGAUUCCUUUCCCGGUCAGCUGAGAGAUCCCUGCCCUUCUUCAAAGUUCUGAAGAAGGCCAACGCAUUUGCAUGGGACGAAGAAUGCCGGAGGGCAUUCGAGGAGCUGAAAGAGUACCUAGCGUCGGAUAUUGUAUUGUCUAAACCCGAACCGGGUGAAACUCUGUAUCUGUACCUGGGGAUUUCCCCAAAUGCUGUAAGCUCCGUUUUAAUAAGAGAUGAUGGGGCGCAAAAGCCCAUUUAUUAUGUGAGCAAAGCACUAAACGGGGCCGAGAGUAGAUAUACGGCGAUGGAAAAGACAGCCUACGCGCUUUUCAUCUCCGCAAAAAAGUUAACAUCCUACUUCCAAGCUCACCCGGUAGAAGUCUUAACUGACCAACCGCUGGACCUACCGGUCAACAAGCCCACUGAGCAAUGGUGGGAGAUGGCAGUUGAUGGGGCAUCCGGUCCUAGAGGAUACGGGGGUGGUAUCGUGUUCACCACCCCGGAAGGGUUCAAGAUCUAUCAUGCAAUCGUCUUCAACUUCAAGCUGACAAACAAUGAGGCAGAGUAUGAAGCUUUGGCUGGAGGGCUCAGACUGGCCCAAGCCCUGAAAAUCAGCCGGGUCAAUAUCAAAUCUGACUCUAGCCUGAUAGUUGGGCACGUGACCGGUAACAUGGAAGCAAGGGAAGGACGCAUGGCACAAUACAAGGACCUUGUGCUUGCCCUGUUGAAAGGCUUUGAGGAGUUCAAGAUCGUCCAAAUUCCCCGGGCGGAAAACGCGGAUGCAGACCUUCUCUCCAAGUUGACGCAAUAUGCUCCCGAGCAUGUUUCAAAACUUUCCCGGGUAGAGAUCCUAGACCGUGCAAGUAUUGAAAAAUUGGAAGUCGCCGCUAUAACGGCCGGAAGCCAAUUUGACCGGUCAAACAUGGUCGGGGCGGACGACCAUUGGAUGUAUGAUCUGAUGGAAUAUUUGACGAAUGGGAGCUUGCCGGAACAAUAUGACCGGGCAAGAAAAGUGAAGCUCAGGGCACCCCGAUUCCAAAUUCUUGAUGGAAAGCUGUACAAGAGGGCAUUUGGGGGGCCACUCCUGAGAUGUCUAACCAACCGGGAGGCUGAGCGAGUCAUCGCGGAGGUCCACGAGGGCGUAUGCGCGGCGCAUCAAAUGUCCCGUACGCUUUCCCAACGCAUCAUCUUGUUGGGAUAUUACUGGCCAACAAUUGUACAGGAUUGUGAAAGGUACGUCCAGAAAUGCAGGACGUACAAUUGUCCGGUUGUGGGCCUCGACUCCUUUCAGCUUCUCCUCCAGCUGGAAUGACCGGGGAGGGGAGUCCUCGACAAGCCUCUCCAAGGU